UGAAAUUCGCAACAAAACCUCAUCUAAGAAGUAGUAAACGGAAGUAAGCGUUGACCAGUUACAAUUUUCACGUUAGCGGUUAUAUUGUUGUUAUUUAGACAUUUAUUAAACCUAUAGAACUGAAAAGAUUACUAAUUUAACUACACGGCAUUACAUACUUGCCCCAGGUAGUAUUUGAUUCGCGUUGGAGACAGGACUUGGCUGAUGUUGUUUAGGUAAAGUUAGCUGCUAACAAUGGCUGACUGUUUGGUUUUUCACACUCAAAUAGCCUCCAUCAUGGAGGUGCUGGCGAAUGCAGCCGUGGCAGAGAUCUGUAAACUCGUAGACGACGACUAUGCAGUGUUUCGUUUGGAAAUAACUCAAAGCCGGAAAGAAAACAGGGCAUUGCGGAGGAAACUACUAGAACUGAAGGUGGCACGGGAGCGCGCAGAGAGGACAACGCAAGAGCGCGUUCUCGCCAGUCGUCCCAGUAGUGUCAAGAUCCUCGACCAAUACAGAGGAAUGGCAAGAGGUGAAGGACAUCUCACUGGAAGCCACAGGAGCUUUGUGAAGCCAGCAGGACACAAUACAUGGAGAGAUGACCAACCAAUCACUGUUGAUGAGGGGAGUGGAACCUCAACCCAGCAAGUUAUCAUAAUAGAGUCUGCAGAUGCAGAGGCUGCAGGUUCUGGUGUCAAGCUGGAGAGGUCUGAAAGAGAGGAGGACGCAUGGUACAGCAGAGACACCCAGACUCGGGCGGCUGUAGAGUCCCAUGUAGCCACAAAGGACCCACCCACCAUCGCCCCAGCGCCGCCUAGGAUCCGACACAGAAUCACGGAGGUCAGUGGAACGCAGAACGCCGUCCUCAAGUCAGAGACAGACACGGAUACUUUAACUGUAACACACAGGCUCUUACGCACAGGAUCUGACCACAGAUCAGACCCAGAAAGACUGGGGCUGGGGAGACUAGGCUGUCCUCCUGCUUCUGGCUCAGAGUAUUUACUUCACGAUAACCCAAGCCCGAGGACUGUUCAUUCCCUUCGGGACUCAGGUGACGCAUUAGAGACUGGCAAUGAUCUGUCUUGUUCUUACACUACAGAGAUGGACCCUGGCAUCAUGCCCUUGGGCUUAGAGACACUCACUGAUCCGUCCAGAGGGGACUGGAACCGGUACAGUAGUAGUGUAUACUCUGAAGGGUGCCUAGAUAAGAAAGAGGAAGGUCUGGUCGUAGAUGAAGUGACUGUGAAAGUGGAGGGUGAUGUUCCUCCCACAUGGAAUGCAGAUAAUCACCUAGGAGACAGACACUCACAGGGCAGAGAUUUCUUAGAUUACAGGGAAAGCUUAGAGACAAAUCCAAAUGUCACGACCCACUCUCCUUUACACACAGUCAGGGAUCGCGAGUCAGUGUCCACGUCGAUGGGACCUUCCAAUUCACAGGACAGCGUUCUUUUCGAUCAGUUAUUGAACUCAAAGGGCCAAAAGGCCAAGGCACGGGGUAGAGGAGCAACAUCAGGCAAAAGUAAAGAGAAACGGUUCCUAUGCAUGUUCUGUAACAAAGGCUUCAGCUGCCCCCAGAAGGUGGAGAUCCACCAGAGGGUCCACACAGGGGAGAAACCCUUUGGCUGUACCCAGUGCCAUAUGCGCUUCGCUGAGGCUGGCAACCUGAAGAAGCACCAGAGGGUCCACACAGGGGAGAAACCCUUUGGCUGUACCCAGUGUCACAUGCGCUUCGCCCAGGCUGGUCACCUGAAGAGACACCAGAGGGUCCACACAGGGGAGAAAUAAUACAGCUGACCCCAGUGUGAGAACAGAAUCUCCUGCCAGCACCAGCUGAAGAUGCACCUGAAGGGCCAAACGGGCGAAAGGCGGUUCGCCUGUACGCACUGUGGGAAGAGGUUGUCAGAGAGGAGCUACCUCAGAAUACACUAGCAGAAAAAACAUUCCACUCCAUAGCUUCUGAUGUUUAGAUCAAACACUGCAUUAAAGACAAAGAUUAAUUUUCAUUAUUUUCAGCAGAAAAUAUCAUUUGGAAUAACCAAAGUAACAGAUUUCAGUGUUGAAUAUUUUGGGGUAGAAUAUUGCAUCCAGACAUGUGUGAUAUACACUGAGUGUACAAAACAUUAAGGACACCUGCACUUUCCAUGACAUAGACUGACCAGGUGAAAGCUUUGAUCCCUUAUUGAUGUCACUUUUUAAAUCCACUUCAAUCAGUGUAGAGGAAGGGGAGGAGACAGGUUAAAGAAGGAUUGUUAAGCCUUGUGACAAUUGAGACAUGGAUUGUGUAUGUCUGCCAUUCAGUCUGUGAAUGGGCAAGACAAAAUAUUUAAGUGCCUUUGAAAGGGGUAUGGUAGUAGAUGACAGGAGCACCGGUUUGUGUCAAUACUGCAACGCUGCUCGAUUUUUCCACACUCAACAGUUUUCUGUGUCAAUCAAGAAUGGUCCACCACCCAAAGGACAGUCAGCCAACUUGUAGGAAGAUUUGGAGUCAACAAAGGCCAGAAUCCCUGUGGAAUGCUUUCGACACCUUGUAGAGUCCAUACCCCAACAAAUUGAGGCUGUUCUGAGGGCAAAAGCGGGGGGGGGACUCAAUAUUAGGAAGGUGUCAAUGUUUUGUACACACUUUGUACAGCCUAAAACGUGUUACGUAAUGUGUUUGAUUCUAACAUGUUAUGUAUUCAGGGGUUGAAUCAAGAUAUAUUAGUUUUAUUUUUCACUUUAUUUUUAUUUUUUUACAAAUGUUACAUUUUUCUUCCAAUUUGCCAUUUAGAAUAUUUUGUGUAGAUUGGGGGAAAAAAAGACAAAUAAAUUUUAAUCCCACUUUGUAACAACAAAAUGUGGAAUAAGUAAAGGUGAUAUUGUUAGUACUGUGUAGGCUAAAUGAUGUUCACAAAUGCCUAUUUCAUUACUUCAAUUCAACUACUUAAUUUUUCCCCCGAAUAACCUUUUAAUGAGAAAAUGAAUGCAGUGUGUCAAGCAGAUUUGUAGUGGAGACAUGUGCAUGUGUGGUUUUCAUAUGGUGUAUUUAAAAUUAUUAAUAAAAAUAAUAAAAACAA